CAGGACCUCGCCGGCCUGCGCAUCGAUACCUCGUCCUCCGCGCUGCCCUGGGCCGAGCACGACGGCCGGUACGGCGAGCCCCUCGGCUCCCAGGAGGCCACGCCAAGGGCCACCGCGGCUCCUCCUUUGGAGUCUUUGCCGCUUCAAGAGGCCGUCGAGUCGGCGCCGCAUACCCCUGUUGAGUCGGCCAGGUCGCUGGACGGGGACCUAUCAAAGGCUCCUCCUUUGCCGCCAUCGCUUCAAGAGGACUUGUCGACGUUGCCGCCGCUGCCAGAGAGCCGAGGCAGCUCGCCUCUACAAGGUCCGACUUCGCCAACCAUCAGCCCAGAAGCCGUCCCGAGUGAUAUGCACUUGCCUGAGAGCGCGCGCGCCGCGGAAGCAGCUGGGCCAGUCGCGGUUUCGGUGGAUAUGUCUACCGCUGUUCAGCCGAUAGCCUUGUCGCAUGACACUCUGUCUUCUUUGAAAGAGGUCAAGGGCGAUAACAUCCUUGACAAGUCCCCUGCCCCGUCAUCAAGCCGUGGACUUGGCAAAGAGGAGAAGGACACAGAUGAGAUCGGCGAUGCCAAAGCUGCCCUCCUUGUCGGUGGCGCCGCUGCGGGCGCUGCCGCCGUUUUCGUGGCUUCCGUGCUUCACAGCGGUCCCCCGCCCGUGCUGCACGAGCGGGACUUCGAGAAGCCAGACUUUGAGAAGGGCGACUUUGACAAGCGCCGUUUCAUCAGCGGCUACGGUAAGCCCGACAGCAGCUUCCUCUCGAGCCCCCCCGACGACUACUUUGAGGAUGGCACCUCCACCAUCGCCGCGUCCGAGGCGCCAAUGAGCAUCCUGUCCGGCUCGACCUUCCUGGACACCCAGGGCUCGGUGCUUUCCGAGUACUCCCCCAGGCCCGACGAGUAUAGCUUCGCGUCUGCCGCCAAGAAGUGGCAGCAGACCAGGACCGCCGAGACCUCCUCCCUCCUCCGCGAUAGCGGCGGGGCCGAGACGGAGCAGCCCCCUGCUGCUACGGCUGUGGCUGCUCAAGAGGCGGCUGCAGACGAUGUCGCUGCAGGUGAAGGCGAGGACUUCUGGGCUGUCUCGGGCACGUCGAAGAAGAAGCUCAAGAGGAAGCAGAAGGCCGUGGCUGCUGCGGGUCGCUCACUCGAGUCGAAGCCCGAGCCAGAAGAGACCAAGGCUAUUCCCACUCCCGCCAAAGUCCAGGAGGUACAGCCCGAGGCUUCUGCGUCUCCGCUCCCCGAGCGCGCUGCUGCUUCGUCUUCGUCAAAGAAGGCCGACAAGAAGAAGAAGAAGGCCAAGAAGGGCGUUUCGUGGACGCCAGAGCUUACUGGCCUCGACCUGGAGCCUGAGUGUGAGCCUGAGCGUGAGCCUGAGUUCGAGAGAGAACGGCAGCAGCAACAAGAGGAACACGAACGAGAAGGAACUCGUCCAGAAGAUCAAAAGGCUGCGGCCGUCUCUGAGAGGUCUAUUACUGCGGCAGAUGGCCCUACUUCUUCUACUUCUGACUCGGCAGACUUGCUUGCCGCGGGCGUUACGGAUGUGCCCCCCCUCGACGAUGCUUCUUUGCCUCUCCCAGAGUCCGAGUCUACUACUGCGGUUGUGCGGACGUGUGAAGAUGAAGUUCCAACUUCAGACUCACCUAUCGAGCAGCCAUCGGUCGACGCACCGCCGCAGACCGAGGCCGAGGACUUCUUCUUUACUGCUAAAAAGGACAGGAAGGGCAAGAAGGGCAGGAAAGACAAGCCUAACGUCCUCGCGGAAAGCCUACCUCUUGCUGAAUCUGCGUCCUCGGCAGACUUGUCUGCCGGCCUUCCACUCGAGCGGAGCGUCGAUGAUUUGGCGCAGCAAACACCGGCCGAGUCGAGCUCCAAUGAGCCUCUGGAGGAGGCUUUCUCGACGCCCGGCAGGAAGAAGGGCAAGAAGAAGCAGAAAGGCAAGGCCGUCGAUCUCAGCUGGGAGCCUGCUGCCGACGUGGCAGAAGCCAACUCUGCAGCCGGUCCACUCCAAGCCGCCGAGGUGCUCGCUGUCGAGACGACCAAGCAGGUCCAGCCCGAAACUGCUCCACCGGACGUGCAAGAGAGAGUCGUGGACAAGCCGUCUCCAUUAGCUGACAAGGACGUGGAGCCGCGCCAUGUCGCUGCAGCAGAAACACCCAGAGCUAGCGGCGGUGAGCUUGCGCAAGACGGCCUGACGCCCACUGAGCCCACUGAGCCCACUGAGCCCACUGUGGAUGGCCACCUGCCCGCCGUUGCUGACGCGAAACCCAGCUCUGCAGCAGCGACGGAAGCGGAUAAGGCCCGCCCCACCGAAGAAGCCAAGGACGAGAAGAAGGGCAUCGUGGCGUCUACCUUUUCCAGGCUCCCUAGCAUGUCGACAAUGGCCGGCGUCGGGUCCUUUUUCGGCAUGGGGAGGCGUGACGCAAAGGAGGCGGACAAGUCAUCCUCGGAGAAGGCUGCCGAGCCAGAGGAAGCGCAGCGUGCUGGGUCUGAUCAUCAACAACAACAACAAAAGCAAGGGGCGGCAGUGGAAGCGGAUACGCCCGCGGCGGAGCAUUCCCAGCUGCAGUACCAGCCUCCUACGGCCUAUUACACAGCUUUAGGCGACGAAACUGCCCCUAGCCCUCGCAGUCAGAUCCCCGUUGCGGGCCCUGCAGCGGUAGCGCCCCAGCCCGCAGCCGGCGACAAAUCAGUGCGCGACACAACAGGCGGCCCGCUAGACACCGCUGUUUCUGUGCCCAACGAGCGGGUCCUCCUCCCCCCCCUGGCCAUCGCCCCCACGUUAGGCCUCGCCUCCGGUUCGUCGCCGUCGACCGAUGAUGCUACUGGGCUGCUGCCACCGUCGGAACUCAUUGGAGAAUUGCCCAGUGACCGGUCUGCGGCGUCUCUCCUCGGCGAAGAAAAAGGUGAGCGGCCAGAACAAGAUGAGCGCGCUGCUGCCCUCGCCAUAUCAGAGGAGGAUUCGCCAGCUGCACUGGCCCCCUUGGGCGACGACGACGACGUCGAGCCAGCCGAACAAGUCAUGGACUGGGAGCAAGACGCUGGCUCUGCCGGCAAGAAGAAGAAGGGCAAGAAAGGGAAGAACAAGUUUGACGAGCCCAAGACUGUCGUUGAGGAUGCGGCGGUAGCGACAACGUCAACUCCUGAAGAGCCAGCGCAGGAGGAUUUCUGGUCUUCUGAGCCUGUCGGGAAGAAGGGAAAGAAAGGCAAGGGCAAGCGUCAAAACUCUCAAAAGGAUGAACCUGCGCCUGCAGAGCCACCAGCACCAGACGUCUCGCUUUCCCAGGAGACGGAUUCCCAGCUGCCAGCACUUUCUGAGUCGACCACUGCAGCAGAUGAGCCCGCCUCAACGUCUGUCCAGGCCUCCGAAGAGCCAGCGCAGGAGGAUUUCUGGUCUACUGAGCCUGCCGGGAAGAAGGGCAAGAAAGGCAAGAAGGACAAGAAAGCCAAGAAGAACCCCCUUCCCGCCUGGGACGAGCCGUCUCCUGCUGCAGAAGCAGCGGACGACUCCGCAGAGCAACCUCGAGAUCUCCAAGAUGUUGCUCCUGAGAUUAUUGAGCGAGACCCUGCGGCUGAACCCCCCGAGCUGGAGCGCGCAGGGCCUGCAGAGUCCCCCGACCAAGUCGCCUCAGAGGCUCUGCUGGAACACACUGAUAGGGAGCCCGCAGAGAGCGCUCCGACCGAGGCCGCUGCAGAAGAUAUGUGGUCCGAGCCCACGACGUCGGGCAAGAAGGGCAAGAAAGACAAGAAGAAGCGACUGAGCACCCAAGAAGCUUCGGAAUCUGCACCCGUCGAAGCCUCGCCGGAAACAAUCCUCGAUAAAACAACUGGCGAGCCUGCCGAAUCCGACGCGCUGCCAGAAGUUUCCCAAGCCCAGACAGUUCCGGAAGAGUCUCGCUCUGCCGGCAUUGUUGAGUCUCAACCUGCCGAAGACGACAUGUGGCCUGAUGCCGGCAGCUCGGGCAAGAAGGGCAAGAAGAACAAGAAACGCAAAGACGUUGCCCAGCCGACGAGCAUCUUGACUUCGGAUGACUCGCCCGCUCAGAUUGUUGAGGAACCCGAGGCAAUGGAUGUCAGGCAGGAGCAAGCUUUGCCAGAGCCCGCCGAACGCCCUCCUUCCGUUUCCGAGAGCGGUGCAGAUGCUCAGGCUGACGACUUCCCCGAGUUUGCCGUCACCACUAAAAAGGGCAAAAAGGAGAAGAAAAAACGAGGCUCCAAGUCUUCACUUCCGUCCGAAGAAUCUCGUGAGAUGGAAAUCGACAGCCCUGCGCAGGUUUCACUCCCCGAGGCCGAAACGUCUGUGGCCGCUUCUGAGAAAUUUGGAUCUUCUUCCAGCCACGCUGAAGCCAAAGUGAGUGAGGGGUUUGACCUCGCCGCUGAGGCGGAACCUGAUUUUGAGUCGUGGGCGCCCUCCAAGACGAGCAAGAAAAAUAAAAAGGGCGCUUUGGCUGCGACAGACGGCGAGCCGGCCGCUGCAAGCAGCCCGACGCCGGCUGCGAUUUCAGCAGACGCUCCGGAGCAGGACAGCUCCCCGCUAGCCCAAGACACGGAUGACGCAUCGUUUGCCACCAAGAAGGGCAAGAAGGACAAGAAGAAGCGCCAGAGUGUAACCUUUGCAGACCCUCUCGAGGAACACAGACACCUUCCCGACGACAGUCAAGCCGGAGACGUGGCCGCAAUUAGCCCGCUUGGUGAUUCGCAUCUUUCCUGGGAGACGGCUGCCGACACGUCGCCCAGCACAGCCAAGGGUGACGAAUUCGACAGAUUGCCCGCGGAUGCAGAGAUUGGACAAGAUCACGGGGCUCCUGCGGAAGGCGGACCGGGAGUUGAAUCUGAACGCGGCCUUGACCUCGCGUCUGAUGACUUGAGAGAAGACGCCUCGGCAGAAGAUAUGUCGUCGCCAGUUAGUCAAUUCCCUAGCGAAAAGGCCGUCAAUCCGGAACCCUCAUUGGACGAACCCCUCACGCAAGACAAUAUUGGCAUGCAGGCUGUACCGGCAACCAAAGAACUGGAUGUCGCCAGUGAGCCCAAACUGCAGGAAGUGGCCGACGACAAACCUGAGCCCAGCCUUCCCGUUGCACUAGAGGAAAGCCGGGCGGUGUCUGAGGACGAGUUUGCGUUUUCAUCCAAAAAGUCCAAGAAGGACAAGAAGAAAAAGCGCAAGAGCCGAGUGGGCGAUGAGCCAGAGCCAGCCGCUGAGCCAGUCGCUGAGCCGCUGAGCGCGGAGGAAGCACAGGCUGGCAAAGGGAGCGAGGGUGUAGCCUCAGGUUUGGAUACCGAUACCCCACACGAAAGCGCCACUGAAGCAGCGACAAGUGGUGCAAUCACAUCCGAGCCAGAGCCAAUAGGCGCCCGCCAGGAACCAGUCGUCAUACAAGAGCCUGCCGAGCCCUCCCUUUCCAAGAAAUCAAAGGACAGGAAAGACAAGAAGCACAAGAGCAAACUUGACGACAACUUCGACCGGGAGCCGCCUUCAGAGCACAUCGCCGAGACAUCAACCCCUGAAGUGACUGCUGACGGCCAGCAACCUCUUUCACGAGAAGAGGCCCCCCUCCCGGUUCUGCCGGUCCACGAAAGCGAGGCUGCACCGUCUCAAGAAGACUCUACCCGCAAGGCCAUUGACCGUGCAACCGACGGACCCAGUGGCUCAGAGCACCAAGACGCACUGCCGGCAUUGUCAAUCAAAGUCGCAGAUGUGCCACCAACAGACAGCCCGCAGGAAGAGACCUCACCCAGCGACGGCGGCCCCAUUGAGCGCGAGGCUGAGACUGAGCCCGCGUCCGACCAAAUGCCUGCCCAAAGCUCCCAGGCUCUGGGAGAGCAGUCGGCCGACGAUGAGCCUUCGACCCCUUACAGCAUCAAGAAGUCAAAGAAGGAUAAGAAGAAGAAGAAGGCGACUGCUGCUCCCAAAGCCGAACCGGAACCCUGGCCCAUGGGGUCCCCCGAGCUCGGCUCUCGUGACGACGAUGAAAACCCUUUUGAGAGCCCCCGGAUAGAGAGGCUGCUCAAGCAGCUCAGCACCGUCGAGGAGGAGUCCGAGUUCAUGGACUCGGCCAACCCGACCGAGAUUGGCGACUUUGCUACGGCGCCUGAAAAGUUGGAUGAGUCUCGUGACGAGCAGGCGGUUUCGGAGGUGCUGUCGCGCGCCGCGUCUUCUGCGCAAGAGCAAGGAUUGCUCCCCGACGAGGAAACCACCAAGGCUCCUUCUAGUGCCGACGACCACCAGGACAACAAGGACGACGAUGCUGAACUCGGCGAGGGCCACAUCUACUCGCUCAAGAGGCUGAAAAAGGAAAAGAAGAAGCGCCGCAAGAGCUCGCCCUCGGACGAGCCGUGGCCCAGCAGCACCGAAGACCUUGUUUGCGAGCCGGCCGAGGAUCCGCUGACCGGACAGAAGGGGCUAGUUGAGGCCGUUGCCGAAGUGCCGCCAUCUGCCGAACACGAGGCUGUCAGAGAUCUUGAUGAUCUGCAAGCUGAGCUUCCAAAGCCAGAUGUUGAAAGCGUCAAGGACGAACCCGCUGCUGUGCCGCCGUUCUUAAAAAGCCUCCAGGAAGAUAAAAUCUCGGCACCUGAGCCUGCACUGGCUGAGCCAGAGAUUCUAGAAGUUCACCGCCUGAUAUCUCCUGAGCCAGUCGCCAUUUCUGAGCCUGCCACGCAAGAAGUUGAGGUCACGGAUCCAACCGCCGACGCCGACACUUCCCCGAUUGUGCUGGAUAAAGGGAAGGAGGUUGAAGAUUUUGCUCCGUCUUCUGCUCAGGGCGAACAGGAGAGCAGGGAUGUUGCAGAUGUCUCUGCCUUUGAGUUCCUGCUGGCGAAGAAGUCUAAGAAAGACAAGAAGAAGGGCAAGAAAGCUGCCAUGGAGCAGGGCGACUGGGAUUCCCCGUCGACUUUGAACGAGAAGCCCGCAGGCGACCUCUCUUCCAACAUUGCAGAGGCCGACGCCAGCCGCGACGUCGAUCUCGCGGCGGAUUCUGCCCAGCCUCCCCUGGAGGUCGAAGCCGAAGAGCUUCCCCUCGGCCGCAAAAAGUCGAAGAAAGACAAGAAGAAUAAGGGGGCCCUGCAGUCAGACUCUGAACCCCCGUCUGGAAUUGCAACGCCGCUGCUUGUCGACGAGGAACAGACCACCCCCGUUCCUUCUUCGGCUGAUGUUCAAGACGAGCCUACGCCACUGCCGCCUCAGCUGCCGGCCGCUGAUGCUUUGGGAAAUGCUGAGGGUGCGACGCCACUGCUGCCGUCCGCCACCGACGCCUUGGAGCCCGUUGAAGAUUCUGCGCUGCCUGUCGAAGCGUCCGCCAAAGAGGCCGAGGCCGAGGCUGAGGUUGAGGAUUUCUGGAGCCAGUCGGCGAAGAAGUCGAAAAAGGAUAAGAAGCAGCGCAAGGGCUCCAAGCCAACAUCUGGCGUCGCUACUCCUGUCGUUGAAGAAGAACCCAGCUCGUCUUUCAAGGCGGCCGAGCCGGAACUGCAGCCUGUGGUUCUCAGCCAAGAAAGCCCUGCACCUGCACCGGGAGACAGCCUACCAGAGCCCGAGCUUGACACGACGCAACAGGAGCCACAGACUGAGGAGGCCUGGGACCUUCCGGUUAAGAAGUCUAAGAAGGACAAGAAGAAGCGCAAGUCCUCUGUCCCCGCCUUUGAGGACGAGUCUCCGGCAUCUGGCACAGUGACGCCUAGAGUGGAAAAGUCGAGCGCUCUUACAGACCCGGAGCCAGCGCUUGAAUUGCAGCCAGAGCCCACGGUCUCUGAAUCUCUCGAUAUCGUCGACGCCAGCCCAAGUCACCAGGCGUCUCUGGAUGUGCCUGACAACCAACCGCCGAUAGAGACAAUACAGCCGCAGGAAGCGGUGCCUGAGGAGAUCCGGGACCCUCCAGCCAAGAAAUCCAAGAAGGACAAGAAGAGCAAAAAGACAAAGGGAGCUAAGCUCUCUGACUCCGAGACGCCGUCGGGCGCUGCAACCCCCGCAACCGAAGAGCCGAGUGUCCUCGCCGAGCCGGCUGCCGUCUCAGAACCUGUCGAGGUCAGCCAGGGAGAUGCUGGACAAGGCCUUGGCCAGCAACGUGACCUCCGUUCUGCGUCUGAGGAUGUGCAUCCCGACGCUGAGGCAGUGGAGGUCGAUGUGCAGCCUGAGAUCACGCCGCGAGGACUGGAGUCCGAUAUUGAUCAGCACGAGGCUCAUCCCGAGACUAUACCUGACGUGCAGCUUGACACGACAUCCGCCGUAGAAGCAGCGCCGGAGACAACGCAAAGAGAAGCACAGCUCGAAACGGCCCCUCUGAAACCACAACCUGAGACAACGUCACUUGAAGCGCAGCCCGACGAUGCCUGGGACUUUCCCGCCGUCAAGAAAUCCAAGAAGGGCAAGAAGGGCAAGGGCUCCAAGUCGGCCGAUUCAGCGACCGCUUCCGGCGUUGCAACCCCGACUUCCGCCACUGACGAGCCGAUUGCUCUCGCAGAGGAUGCCAAGCCGGAGCCCCUCGACGUCCAACUGCCUGCCGGCGAACCAGACGACGUCCUGCUUGUGUCUCGGGAGAUGCAGCCAGAGCCUGAGGCAAUCACGCUGCAAGAGGCGCAGCCCGAGUCCACGCCAGAAGCCGCACCUGUUGAAGCGCAGGCCGAAGACAACUGGGACUUGCCCGCCAAGAAAUCCAAAAAGGACAAGAAGGGCAAGAAGGGCUCCAAGAUCAGCGAAUCAGAGCCAGUUUCUGGUGCCGCAACGCCUGUGGUGGAGGAAACCCCUUCUUCCUCGGACUUUGCGCAAAUUCCCAGGGAUGUUCAGCAAGAGGCGCAACCAGAGCCCACGCCAGAAGCUCGACCCGAGGUGACACCGGUCGAGGCGGAACUCGAAGACACCUGGGGCUUGCCGGUCAAGAAGUCUAAGAAGGACAAGAAGGGCAAGAAGGGCCCCAAGAUCAGUGAAUCGGAACCAGUUUCUGGCGCUGCAACACCUGUGGCGGAGGAGGCGCCUUCUUCCUCGGACUUUGCGCAAAUUCCCAGGGUUGUUCAGCAAGACUUGGAAGUGCAGCAGCAAGAGGCGCAAUCGGAUGAUACCUGGGGCUUGCCGGUCAAAAAGUCCAAGAAGGACAAGAAGGGCAAGAAGGGCAAAGGCUCCGAGUUCGCCGAGCCAGAACCCGAGACGUGGACCCCCGUAGAAGAGCCAGGUUUUAUCGUCGAGGAACCCAGCGCCAUUGCUAAUGAACCCAGCGCCAUUGCUAAUGAACCCAGCGCCAUUGCUAAUGAACCCAGCGCCAUUGCUAAUGAACCCAGCGUGGCCGUCGAAGAACCCAGUGUGGGCGUUGUCGAGUCAACUGAUUUGCUAGACCGCGAGCUCGAGUCUACGGCACCAAUCAUUGUUCCUGAGCCAAUAGAGACUGAGCCGAUUGAUGUUUCCGACGAGGCCAAGCCAGCACCUGACUUUGUAGAGCCAGAAGCAGAGACUGAAGAGUUCUGGGGAGCGCCAACCAAGAAGUCGAAGAAGGACAAGAAAGGCAAGAAAGCUAAAGGCACAAGGCUCUCCGAGUCUGAACCGCCAUCCGGCGCUGCAACUCCUGCAGCCGUCGAGGAGCAAGACGAUGUUCUCGAUAUCCAAGCUCGGGAUGUAGCCAACACGAGCAAGCCGGUCUCGCAAGAAGCUGCUCUCGAGGAGCAGGUCAGGGAGCCGACUGAAGCCUCCCAGCCGCAAAAUGCUCAGCCAGACGAUCUCUGGGACACUCCAGGCAAGAAGUCCAAGAAGGAUAAGAAAGACAAGAAGCGCAAGGGCUCCAAGUUAGCCGAUUCCGAGCCAGCUUCUAGGACUUUAACCCCGGCUGCCCAAGAGGAGCCGCCAACAGUUACUACGGUUCUAGAGUCCGGCGAUGCCACGGACCUAGCCGUGGAAGAGCCUUCGGCUACUCCUCUAGAUUUUGCACACGACGCCUCCGAACUGCCCAAGACAACCAUCUCCGAUGCUCGAGUUGAUACUCCCGCCCCGGCCGACAUGGAAGGUCUCAGUGAAAUACCAGACGCACCCCGCACUAUCGCUAUCGACACUCCCGACUUUGCGACUCAAGCUGCUCGCGAAGAAACAGACCUACCGUUGCCUUUGUCAUCCGUAGUCGACAAGUCCAUCCUAAGCCCUCCAGAAAUCGUUGCCGAACCCGCCACCGCAUCUCACCUAACCGAUUUUGAUGUUGUAGACGUCCAGGAACCAGCUGCUAUCUCCCACGAGACUAGCCUUGCAGUCACAGAUGUUUCGCCUCCUAAAGAGCCUGAAAACACCCCAGAGGAGACACCCGCCGCUGCUGAGCAAGAGAGGCAGCCUGAAGAGUUUUGGGGAGCGCCGGCGAAGUCCAAGAAAGACAAGAAGCGCAAGGGCUCCAAGAUCCCCGACGCUGGAUCCGAGGCCGCUUCCGGCACACCGACUCCGGCAACAGAGGAGCCCACCGAGCCCGUGGCCUGGCUCUCCGCCGAGCGUGGCGUAGACAUCAGCGACGAGCCUGCCCUCGUAACCUCCACAGCAGACGAGACGGCCGUGGACGCCGAAGUCCUUGACAAGUUUAGCGAUCGCGAACUCGGCAUCGAAGCGCCUGCCUCGGAGUCACAGCAGGAACAAGAUGCCGACGAUGCCUGGGCGCUGCCGGCCAAGAAGUCCAAGAAGGACAAGAAGAAGGGCAAGAAGUCGGCUUCUGAGCAGGCGUCGGGCACUGCCACGCCAAGCUCCCUGGAAGAUACCUCGGCCGUCCCGGACGCUCAAAUCAUCCCCGUCCUCGAGCCGAGUCGCGAGGAGAGCGAUCCCGCGCUGGUCGAAGCCGAAGAGGAUGACCUAUGGGCGGCGCCUAGCAAGAAGUCGAAGAAGGACAAGAAGAAAGGCAAGAAGUCGCCUUCUGAAUCAGUCUCAGGUGCUGCUACUCCCAACACAGCCAAGGAUGCAGUUGGUCCCGUUUCGGUGGCGGCCCCAUUGGCCCUCUUGGGAAACCAAACCGCCACCCUCGACCGCGAAAUUACCAUGGACGACGCGCCAGCAAUGGAAGACGAGUUCCCCGAGUUCAGCACCAAAAAGUCGAAGAAGGACAAGAAAAAGAAGGGCAAGAAAGGUGGCUCUCCAGACGAAGCCACCUCUGGCGAGGCGACUCCCAGAAGCCACGAGGACACGUCGGUUACUGAUGCCAUACCUGGGGCCGCCCUUGCUACUGCCGCAGCCGCAGCCGCGGUUGUAGGUUAUGCUGCCCUUGGUGAUAAAGAGCCUACACUAAAACCGACCUUUGCCGACGACUUUGAAGGCUUCGCGCCCAAGAAAUCCAAGAAAGACAAGAAAAAGGCAAAGUCUUCCCCGUCAUGGCUUGAGGAGGAGGACACGACAAGUCGGGAUGCUCCGGGGCUUGUUGACGAGCCAGAAGACAAGAUGCUCGAAUCCAGCCUGGUCCGGGAGCACAGCGAUAAACUCGAUGAAGAUGGCACCUUCAAAACGUCUUCGGAUCCCGAGGACCUGGAGGACAAGGACGACUACUUUGUGCCCAAGCCUUCAGACAAAACAUACGCGCCGGUGCCGGAGACUCCCGUCGAGCCGUUCGACAAGUUUGAGGUUCAUCCGGCCGUCUCGGAGGCGCUGAGGAGAUCGCCAGACCGAGGCUUUGAGCCGACCGUGCGCCCGAUCACGCUGCCCAGAGAUCCCAGCUUCGGCCUGAUUCCCGGCUCGCCGGUCGUGUUACCGCAAGAUGCGCCAUCACCCAAGCUUCUGCCGGCUCUCGAGAGCCCAGGCGAGUCCGAGGACGGAGAAGCGCGCACCUUGGAUGCGGCUAUACAGUCAAUGUUCCCGGCCAAGACCAGCCUUGCAGACGAGUCCCCGGCAGCCCUCAACACCAGCAGCCAUGUCGUGCAGCGGUUCGAGGACGCGGCAAGCAGAAAGACCGAACCAAGGGAGCUGGGCAGCGGCAUCGGGUUUACAGAGUCCGCAGCCUCGGCGCGCGAUAUUGCAGCCUCGUUCCUCGAAGAGAAGAGCGUAAAGGCGCAGCCAGAAGACAAGUAUGAAGAGGAAUGGAGGUCAGGCAGGAGCCAGUCCCAGCGCCGCGAGUCGCGGGAGCUCGCGGCCUCCUACCUCGAGUCAAUCGGCCGAGACACGGCAGCAGAGACAGCCAAGCUUGUAGGAGGAGGCCAUGAGCAGCAGAUUGUCGCCCGCAGCGCUUCUGUGACCAGGUCGUCUCGAAGCAGGUCUCGCGACAUGGCGGCCGCGUUCCUCGAGAAGCGGACGGCGAGCCCGGCCGUCGAUCUCGCGGGCGCCAUGACGCUCCAUAAAGAGCCUGCUGCGUCUACGUCUACAACUACAACUACCACCACCACUACGAGACAACAGGUUGCAGAGGAGGCGCCUGUGACAUCGUCGGCGCGCGAGGCUGCCGCGGCGUUCCUGGAUGUACGGCUGGAGAAGAAGAACAGCAAGAAGCAGGAAGAGGAACCCAAGGAGAAGCAGAAGAAGGACAGGGGUAGAAAGGCGAAGGAAGAGGAAGCGGUAGACGGUGCUACGCUGGCGGCGGCGGCGGGUGCACUCACGGGAGGAGUGGCGCUGCUGGCCGAGAAGUUUGGCGGGUCGGCAUCAGCAAAGAAGAAGAAGGGGGGCAAGCAGAAGAAGAUUGUGGACAAGAGGUCGCCCAGAGAGGACGACUUUUUUGAUGACGCUGCCCUGUGGGAGGGGGCCGAGCGGAGGCCCCUCGAGGAAGGGUCCAGGAUGGAGGCAGCCCAGGACAACUUUUGGGAUGUUCCCGACAAGGAAGAGGACAAGGAGAUGGAGAAAGAACAGGUGGCUUCUGGAGAGAGCAGCAGAGAAGUGGUGGAGAUAAAGGAUAGGGAGGUGGUGAUGGAGACGCCAGUCAGCAGGCACAAGAGGAUAGACGAACUUGCGGUGGUGGCAGAGCCAGCGGCAGCGGCAGUGAUCACAGCAGCACCAGCACCGAUGCCCGCAACAACACUUGGCCGCCAGGAUUCCGAGACGAUCCCCAAGUCGAUGCGGGAGAUGGGCAUGCUGGACGAGUCGACAUGGUCCAAGCCAAAGGAGCGGCCGUCAUCGUCGCCGUCGCCGCCAACGCGCGCCUUUUCGUUCCCCGACGACAUUGCCGACGAAGAGGCGUUCAGCACGCGAGCGGCCGAGCCAGACGCCAUGAAGAGGAUGACGGACAAGCUGCUAGACAAGGACACACUAGAGCAGGCGCUGCGCAGCAUCCCGCGCGUGUCGAGCAUGACGGAACUGCGGUCGACGCAGUCGAUGCUGCCCCCCGUGCAGGAGGAGGAGGACGGGUCUGACGACGAGCCCGUCAAGCAGCACACGCCCUCCCCCACGGCCCGGCUCGGGGUACGCCGCAGCACAGCGACGCCCGAGGGCCACAGGGACAGCGGCUUCGGGUCCGACUCGCCUCACGUCUCGCGACGCUCUCUCGUACACAGCGGCGGCGAGCUCCGUGACAGCGGCAUACAUCUGCUGCCUGAGGGCAACGAGCAGAGACAGAGUGGCAGCCAUCAACAAUACCAACAGCAGACACAGACGCCGCAAAGCAAAGAGACGGGCAAGGAAGGCCGCCUCCUGCAGAGACGGUCGCCCCUGAGCAUCGUGGGCCCUGAGACUCCGCGACUGCGCGAGCCUUCGCCACCCGGUCACACUACGCCCGAGCCCGAGAAGCACAAGAGUCUCGCCGUCGCCAAGCAGCGGUCCAAGCCUGUUCCGGUACCCCUUUCUCUCGAUCGCGGCCACGGGCACGGCGGCCACGACCUCGCAUCAGGGCCUAUAAUUACAGCGCGUUCAGUGGCGUCAACCACUACCCCCCGGGCAUUAACAGCGCUAGCUCCAGCGCUGUCUCCAGCACCCUUUGCAGGUGAGAGCGUCGCACCGCGCAACAACAGCGAUUUGCACCAAUCACGCCAAUUGCAAUCGCAAUCGCAAUCGCAAUCGCAAUCGCAUUCACAACAACAGCACCAGCAACAGCGCCAAUCGCAGCAAUCGCCCAGCACGGUCCGGCCGUCUGCAGCGAUUUCAAUUGGCGCAGACCCCACACCACGGCGAUCGGCGUCCAACACCAGCCUCGCGCGACUGCGCACACCCGAACCACACACAUGGCGGCCUGACAGUCCAGGCAGCUUGCGCUCAUACACUGGCACCCCCCCACUCAGGCGCGUCGACAGGCGGGUGAGCGGCGACUUGCGGUCCGUGUCGCUCAGCCAACGAGACCUGGCCAGUGCCGCCAAGGCCUCCAGCCCCAGUCCCAAUCCGGACUCUGGCUCUGCGAGCACGAGCCACUCGUCAGCGGCAGCAGCCGGUGCCGCCGUUGCCCUGGGCCUGGGCGCCGUGGCUGGCACUGCAGCGGCCGCAGCGCUGCUUUCCUCCAACAAUAACGAUGCCAAAGAUUGGAACGCAACCUCGUCGACCUCGAGCACGACCACACCCGUCGCCAACGAAGGCCGUGUCCGCGCCAAGGACAUGACCGACGUCUACGAUGGGUUCGGCGAAGGCCGCAUUGGCUCGCCGCGGUCGCCCACGCGCCCGCACAGCAUGCGCCGCCGCCAGAGCAUGCAGGUGCUCGAGCUCGAGUCGCGCGUCGAGCAGCUCGCCGCCGAAAACCGCCUGCUAGCCGAAGCCCGCGCCCAGGCCGAGUCGUCGCUCGCCCGCCGCAAUUCCUCCCAGGCCGCCGAGCGCGACAACGAGAUCCAAUCCCUUAAGCGCAUGCUACAGGAGGCAAACGACGUCAUCGAGCGCCUCAAACAGACAAACGAGGGCCUGCGCAGCUCCACCUCGGCCAUCGCCGUCAAGCACCACGAAGAGGUCCGCCGCCUCGAGUCGGAACACGCCCAGACAGCCCGCACCGUCACCGACCGCGACGCCGAGAUCGCUGACCUGCGCGCCCAGCUCGAGGCCACCAAGCAACAGAUCCGCGACCUGCAGCAACAGAUCCUCGACUCGGCAAAGUCGCAUUCUGUCUCGUCGUCGGACGACCAGCAGCAGCUUGAUUUCCUGGCCCUGCACGACGUCGACUACUUCGACUCGCGCUGCCAGCAGCUGUGUGUCCACGUCCAGCAGUGGGUCCUGCGCUUCAGCAAGUUCAGCGACCUCGAGCCCUGCCUCUUGACGUCGCAGAUCAACGACGAGAAGCUCAUCGACCGCCUCGACAACGCCGUGCUCGACGGCUCCGACGUCGACGCCUACCUGCAGGACCGCGUCCGCCGCCGCGACAUCUUCAUGAGCGUCACCAUGACUAUGAUCUGGGAGUUUGUCUUCACCCGCUACCUCUUCGGCAUGGACCGCGAGCAGCGCCAGAAGCUCAAGACGCUCGAGAAGCAGCUGACCGACGUCGGCCCCGCCCACGCCGUCCGCCAGUGGCGCGCCGUCACCCUCACCCUGCUGGCCCGCCGCCCCGCCUUCGCCAAGCAGCGCGACCAGGACACCGAGGCCGUCGUCGGCGCCGUCCUCGACGCCCUCAGCGCCAUCCUGCCCCCGCCCGACCACCUCGAGAAGCAGAUCCAGAAGCAGCUACGCCGCGUCGUCGCCGAGGCCGUCGACCUCGCCAUCGAGAUGCGCUGUCAGCGCGCCGACUACGUCAUGCUGCCCCCGCUGCAGCCCGAGUACGACGACGCCGGCGAGCUGACCGAGACGGUCUCGUUCAACGCCGACCUCAUGAACGAGCGCUCCGGUGAGGCAGCCAGCCGCGUGUCCAACGAGGACCUCGAGGCCCAGGGCGCCACCGUCCGCAUCGUCCUCUUCCCGCUCGUCGUGCGCAAGGGCGACGACUCGGGCAGCGGCGACGACGAGAUUGUCGUCUGCCCCGCCCAGGUGCUCAUUGCCAAGCACCACAAUACCGCCGCCAGCGCCGCCGCCUCCCAGUCCGGCAAGAAGUCGGUCCGCAUGGUCACGCCCAGCUCAGACGCCGGCGGCGCCAGCCUGUUCGCCCGCAGCAACGCUAGUGCCCCGGGCGGCAGCGCCCCCGCUGACCAGGCCAGCGACGUCGGCAUGGCGGACGCUGGGGGGUAUAUCUGAGAUAUUCUGUCAUGAAAUGACAUGACAUGACAUGGAAUUGAGAGGGGGAGGUAAUUCUUGGAGACGGAACAAAAAACGGAGAAAUGAUGGAUCUUUUGUGUUUGUGAUUGUGUUUUGUGUGCUGUCUGUGUUGGAAGAUAGUGGAAAAUAUACCAAGAGCUCUGUUUGUUUUGUGCUGUUUUGUUUCUUUGUCCAACUUAUUUCCUACUGUUUUGGAACU